ACUAUACCGGUACUUGGAUUACAUCGAGAUCCGUCAAUAUAUCCAGAUCCAGAUAAAUUUGAUCCCGAACGAUUUAAUGCAGACAAAGUAGCAGAAAGACAUCCUUAUGCUUAUUUGCCAUUUGGAGAAGGCCCACGAAGCUGCAUUGGUACGCGAUUUGGCUACAUGCAAACAAAGGUUGGACUCGUGAGUCUUCUGUCGAAAUACAAGUUCAAACUCCAUUCGCGGACUCAGAUUCCGCCUAUUUUCGACGAAAAAUCUCCUGUUCUUUCAGCGAAGAGCGGUGUACACUUUAUUAUCGAGCCACAAUAAAAUAAUUACGCUCUAUCUAUUAUCUAAAAACAUUUGUACUCUUGGCUUAUUCUAAAUAUGUUAAAUAUUAUAAUAUUAUAAAUAGAAAAAAAA